AUGACCAUGGCCCCUCCCAUCCACAUCAAGCAGCAGGAAGUCCGCACCGAAUCAUGCCAACUCAACAUUGUCAUUGUUGGUGCAGGGCUCGCGGGCCUCGGUACAGCCAUUAGUUGCGCACUUGCCGGCCAUCGGGUCCACGUACUCGAAGCUGCCCAGGAGAUCAAGGAGGUUGGCGCCGGUAUCCAAGUCUUGCCGAACAGCUCGCGCGUACUCCAGCAUUGGGGUCUGGAAGAAUCGUUGACACCUCACAUGACGAUUCCCCGAGUUUGCAAUUUUGUUGGAUGGAAAGGGAACCCGAUCUCAUCGCUGGACUUUCAUGAGUCUGAAAAAGGGUACCCGGGAACAUGGUAUCGCGACUUCCAUCGCGCCGAUCUGCAACAAUGUCUCGUUCGGCGAGCUGUCGAGCUAGGCGUCGAGCUUAGUUGCAAUUCUCGCGUUGUGGAUGUCUCUGUUGCCGAGGACGGUACUACAGCGACCGCAACAGUGUCAGAUGGUCGACAAUGGACAGGGGAUCUGGUCGUUGGUGCAGAUGGAGUAUUUGGAAAGCUGACAGAAGGUUUACUCGGUCGAGUUGACCCACCGGUGAAAACGGGCGAUCUUGCCUAUCGGGUUAUGCUGUCAACCGAGGAGAUGAGAAAAGACCCUGAUCUGGCAGAGUUUGUGACUGAUCCACAAGUCAACUACUGGCUUGGUCCAGAUGCCCAUGCUGUAAACUACGUCCUUCGCAACGGAGAGCUUUUCAACAUGGUGCUGCUCGUUCCUGACGACAUUCCAGAGGAUUCUUUGGCAUCGACCGUUGAGGGGAAUGUUGAAGAGAUGUGUGCACUGUUCAAAGAUUGGGAUCCACGUAUCCCCAAACUCCUUAGGCUGUGUCAGUCUGUACAAAAAUGGCGUCUAUGCAUACGCUUCGGAAACUUCGACUGGACUCAUCCAUCCGGGGCUUUUGUUAUGCUUGGAGAUGCGGUCCAUGCAACUUUGCCAUAUCUAGCGUCUGGUGCCGGAAUGUCCUUUGAAGAUGGAGCUGUCCUAGGAGAAUGUCUAUCACGACUCCCGAAUCACCCCAGAGUGUCCAAGACCUCGAUUGACUUCUUGAAUGCCAAGCAGCACGCCCUUUCGGUAUUCCAGCAAUGUCGCAAGCAACGAACGAAAAUGAUCGUUGAGCGGGGAAAUGUCCAACAGUAUCUCUAUCAUCUCCACGAUGGCCCCGAGCAGCAAGAACGAGAUCGCAAGAUGCAAAUGGAUCCAACGCCAGAAGGAGAAGCAUUGGCCUGGCGGGACCCUGGCCUGGCACCUAAACUGUUGGGGUACGACCACAUUGCCGACGUAAGUGUUUUACUGGAUUUUUCUAUUGCCUUAGCUCACCAUCAUAGGUUGAUCAAUGUUGGAGUAAAUCGAUGGGAAGCAGUGGAGCUGAAGCCAGAUUGUAGUCUCAUUAUUACCCCUGCUUAUCUGACACCCCCAUUUUUGGCCUCUGCAGGGUUGACCAGGUACAGGGCCAACCUGGGCAGGUUGGGGUACCCUCCACUUAGCUGCAUAUAG